AUGGAGCGCUGUCGUGUUUGUGGUCUUCCUGUGACCAAAAAGGACGAUUUACUGAUUUGUCCGAGCGGCCAUGCUCUGCAGAUUGCUGAGGAAUUUAAAGAUGCUACUGAGAUUGCUCCCAAGGGUGAAUUGGACAGGUGUGUUAGGAAGAUACCCAAACGGAAAUACGAUCUUGGGUUAGAAGAGACUAUGAUGAAAAUUGGUUUGGAUUAUCUCUACGCCAUACUUAAACAAUGCGGGGUUCCUUGUUCAUUUGUAGAGAGGUAUGCUUCGUUGAUUUAUACGGUCUUAGGGAAUAUAACGGUUGAGAAAGAGGCUGUUGUUUGGUCGUGUUUUAAACGGGUGCUAGAAGUUUUGGGGUUUUUGAUUAAGCGUGAGUAUGAGUUGAAAAGGAAUAACUAUUAUACGAUCUUGGAUUUCAAACGCAAACUUCGUUAUGAUAGACACUUAUGGCGGUUUUUUAAGCGGGCUAUGAAUAGGUUGCGCUAUCGGUUUUUUGCGGUGGCUUGGACGGAGACAGCGUGGAGGUGCAUUUCUUUGACGUAUGUAAUAAGGUUGCUGCAUCGGUGCUUUCCGGGCCGGCUGGAGUUUUUGCAUGGGGUGGAUGGACCGCUGACUCGAGUUGGUUUAGAGAGUUUUUGUUCACUACUAGGUCUGACUAUCACUGCGCAAAUGGAAGCGGCCUUUGAGUGGUUUAUAGAGAACGUUAGGCUGACUGAGUUUCGGCAAACAUAUUCUUUUGUCUUUGCUGAUUACUUGUAUGGCGUGUUUCUGUAUCUGUACUAUUUACAACUGUGUAAGCUGGAAUUGAUUGAUGGAGAGAUCUGGGUGGUGGAAAGACCGACUGGGCCUAAUAAGACUUUGGUUGUCCAGGAGUUUUGCUGCCGGGAAUUGACGUUCUUUAACUUUAAGCAGCUCAGUUAUUAUGAGCGGUGUAUGCAGGACUGUUCUGGCAGUGAACGGCCAUUCUGGAAUCCUCUUGAGUAUCCGGCGGCCCCGUUUGGGUACGAGAAGAUAACUCGGUUUAGUCAUUCGGAGGUUUCCAUCAGAAUUGUCUGUCGGAUUGUGCAAGUUGUAGGUGUUCCCCAGCGCCUGCUUUUUGAUAUGACCAACCGACUGCUUAUCCGAUACACUAAAAUCAAAAGGCAUAUCUAA